AUGGAACAUAAACAGACUCCAUCAAAUAAGAAAUUAAUAUCUAUACAAGAAGCUAAUUACCAUACUGUUGCUGAAAAUUCAACACACCAACCUAAAAAAAUAUUACUUGAAAUAUUACAAAAAAGCCAAUCUAGUAAACAUCCGUCACAAAAAGUUCUUGUUUCAAUAAAACCAAAGGCUCCAAAUUCGAAAGCAAUUAAGGCUUUAUAUUUAGCAGAAAAGAGUCGUUAUCAUACUAAGAAGAGUUCUGAAAAGUCACGCUCCCGAUUAGCUAUAGGAGACCAUUCAACUGUCACAACAAAUCUAACUGGUGAGACAACUAAUACAGUGAGUUCCCUUGCGUGUUCGUCUUAUCUAUAUCAAAAGCGCGCUCAUAGCGAAAUCAUAGCUGAAAAAACUUCAACGAGUAGAUUGGAAAGUUCUACAGAGAUUACAAAAUGGUCUGAUAUUACAUCACAAGAUACCACAGUUUAUAAGCAAAGAUCUGCAGAAAAAUGUUAUGUUUACACUCAACCGCAAUUGACUAUGACUUAUCCAAAAGUAGAUAAAAAUUUUGACACUAAUAAAUGUUCACCAAGGAAAGUUGACAUUGGAACUCUGGUAAUAACCAACACUCCGUCUGAAGAUAUAUUGCUCUCUCCUAAUAAUAUAAUUACUUUAAAUAAAAGAAUAGAGGAUUUAGAAAGAAAAAUUUUAAAGCAGGAAAUGGUAUUUCGUUCGGUUGGUCCAAAGAUUUCGUUGUCUUCUUCUGAUGAAGAAUCAAGGGAUCAUGCAAUGACAACAACGUCAAGUACUGGCCAACCAGGUUGUAGCUACGUUGAAUACAGCCAUAUUCCUGAAACCUCAGCAUUUCAACGCUAUUCUCAGCAGCCCUCACCUUUAUCUCCUAGCAAAACUACUACUAUUCAAAAAGAACACAAUUCUGAACAGUAUGGACGCAAUUUUACUCUUUAUGAUGGCAUUACAGCAAGAGGCAGACGUCAAUGCGCAUCAGUUCCAUGCAAACGAGAUGACGCUUCAAAAAUGGCUGCGGAUAGAGUACAUAAAAUUAGACACCAACUAAACCCUGUUCGAGAUUAUAGGCUUAUGGAUACUGUACAUUAUUUAGCGCAAGGUGAAUUCGCUCCCAGGGAUGAUGGAAUAAAAUUAACACCAUCUAGAGAAGAUGUAUUAAGCGAUAUAAUAUGGGAGGAUGUUUGCCGAACACAUUGGCCAAAUACAAGGUUUGGACGUCGUGUACCACACCCAGAAAGAUAUGGUACAAGAUCAGAAUUACAGCGUUUAAUUGAUAGCUUGCUAAGGGAGCGGGUAGCCCACGUUGAACGAAGGCGGCGGCGUCAUUACAGAAUUGUUAAGCUUAACCAUCGUCACGAAAACUGCCGACCUGUUGGUAAAACUGGAGAUAUAAUAGUCGCUAGUCACAAAACUAGAUCGAGUAAUGAAGGUAGAAAAGAUGAUAUGAAUGAUCAUAGGUCCAUCAAAAUGGUAGAAGGAAGUCGAAAUACAAAUGAGUCCAAGUCUCGAAGAAAAUCUAGAAGUCGUGAUCGUCUACCACAAUCGGAAUCAAGACACCAUCGACACUUCAGAGAGGAAGAUUGUCCCCCGGGCCCAAGCUAUGUUAGACAUCGUUCUAAAGUACAUAGAGAUCCCACAUGCUGUUAUCAUACAUUAAGCCCUCCAAACCAAAUAAGAGAUUCGAAACAUAAAUCGGGAACGACAAGAGGUACAGUAGCUCAAGUAGUAACAAGUGAAAGUAGUACUACAACUAACAAAGCACGUGUAAGAAAUCCACGUCUGGUAAUUAAAAAGAACUCUUCUCGCAAAAAUUAUAAUAAGGAAGAACCUAAUCUUGAGCAUUUUAUUUUAUUACCUACUCUGGUUGUUAAGACACCAUCUAACAUGAAACGUCAAAAGAAGUUUAAUGAAUUGUAUCAUCGGAUACUUAAUGUACAAUUGAAUAAAGCCCAAGCUGACAGUAAUAAUACAGUAGAAACUGAAAAGGCACGUUCAACUGCUAACAGGAGAGACGUCGGCUUGAAUAUAAAUGUAACACUCUCAAAUAGUGAGGAAAAUUUUAUGAAA